UUGUCGGCUUGACGUUUGGAGAGUGUUCGAGGUUUGUUGUACUCCCGGAAAAGUGUGAAAACGCUUUGAAAAAGUAUACGCGUCUGUUUGAAAAUAUCUACAUUUCAUCCCCCAGACAUGGCUCUAGUGUGUGCUAUAACAAAUGAAGUCCCGGAUCAGCCGGUUGUUUCCCCACAUUCGGGGGCAAUAUUUGAGAGGCGUAUCAUUGAGAAGUACAUUGUGGAGAACGGAUGUGAUCCCAUUGAUGGCAAGGAGUUGAAAGUGGAGGAUCUGAUUGAGAUCAAGACACCGCCUAUCGUGAAGCCGAAGCCUCCGAGUGCCACCAGUAUUCCGGCAACGCUGAAAACUAUGCAAGAUGAGUGGGAUUCGCUGAUGCUGCACACUUUCACGCAGCGACAGCAACUGCAAACAGCUCGCCAGGAGCUCAGCCAUGCUCUCUAUCAGCACGAUGCGGCGUGCAGAGUGAUCGCGCGUCUCAAUAAGGAAGUCACGGCUGCCAGGGAGGCUUUGGCCACGCUGAAGCCGCAAGCGGGCAUCAAUAUUACAUCUGGAGUUCCGCAACCGUCUAUCGGUGCAGAGGCGGCUGGAAUUGCUACACAGCCGGUGGAGCAAGUGGGCAUGAGUGCUGAGAUUAUCCAGAAGUUGCAGGAGAAGGCAACAGUGCUCACGCAGGAGCGUAAGAAGCGCGGAAGAUCCGUUCCGGAGGAACUUAUCGGACAGGAAACUAUUCGCGGAUUCCACACUCUGGCCUCUCAUCCGGGUCUCCAUUCGGCCAGUGUGCCCGGAAUACUGGCCCUGGACAUUAGUGUAUCAGAUCAUAACAAGAUCAUCACUGGUGGAAAUGAUAAGAAUGCCGCUGUGUUCAAUAAGGACACCGAGCAGGUGAUUUCCAUCCUCAAGGGUCACACAAAGAAGGUGUCGAAGGUGAUCUAUCAUCCUGAGGAGGAUUAUGUGAUCACUGCAUCUCCUGACACGACAAUUCGCAUCUGGAACGUCCCGACAUCCCAGACAACUCUGCUUCUUCGUUGCCACGAUCAGCCCGUCACUGGAUUGUCUCUGCAUCCCACGAGUGAUUACAUCCUCUCCACAUCUUCUGACAAACACUGGGCUUUCUCUGACAUUCGCACUGGCCGUUUGCUGACGAAGGUCAUCGAUACAUCCGAAAUGGGUCUCACAACAGCACAGUUCCAUCCUGACGGAUUGAUUUUCGGCACUGGCACGGAGGAUUCUCAAGUGAAGAUCUGGGAUUUGAAGGAGCAGAGCAACGUGGCGAACUUCCCCGGUCACACUGGCCCCAUCACAGCGAUUUCCUUCUCUGAGAACGGAUAUUAUCUGGCCACGGCGGCUGAUGACUCGUGUGUGAAGUUGUGGGAUUUGCGUAAAUUGAAGAAUUUCAAGACCAUCCAACUGGAAGAUGGACAGGAGGUGAAGGAUCUCUGCUUCGACCAGAGCGGAACGUACUUGGCGAUCGCAGGGACGGACAUUAGAAUUUACCUCUGCAAGCAGUGGCAGGAACUGAAAGUAUUUCAGGAUCACACAGCCAUGGCCACCGGUGUGCGAUUUGGUAAGCAUGCCCAAUACUUGGCGUCCACGAGCAUGGAUCGAACCCUCAAGCUCUACGGCUUCGAAUAGAAUAUCUGCAAACUCCAAAAACAAACAAUUAUUCAAUAUCUCUGAUUUCGUGGUAUUUUAAUGAAUAAACUGAUUGUAGAAGUAAAUUUUAGAUGUCAUAUUGCCAUUAUUAUAUUCUGCAGUUAGGAGGAAAGUUCCUAGAGUUGUUAGGAUCUGCGUAGCGUAGAUAGGAUUUCGUACUAACCGUAAUAACUUUCAAUGAAUUCAACGAAUAUUCUAUGUAUUUCUUAUUGCGUAAAAUUUUUAUUUUGAAGUAUUUUUAAUUGUAGCUUACGAAUACAAUUAGUGGAAAUUAAAAUCGGUGUAAAAACG